UCUUCAUCUAGACGUGCUGGCCUAUGUUGCACUAAUUGCCACACAACCAAUACCACCCUCUGGAGAAGAAAUGCUGAAGGGGAGCCUGUCUGCAAUGCCUGUGGAUUGUACAUGAAGCUCCAUGGGGUACCACGACCUCUGGCCAUGAAAAAGGAAAGCAUCCAGACGAGGAAAAGGAAGCCUAAAAACAUUACCAAAGGCAAAGCCUCAACAGGAUCUACAACUUCAGCCACUAACUCCCCUUCUUCCAUUACCAACUCAGACAGCACGGUCACUUUAAAGUCAGAGCCCAGCACAACCUCCCAGUAUCCCGGACAAACCAUCGUGUCAGUGUCCCAGGCACAGAGCCAGUCAGACGAGGCACUGGCCAGCAGCCACGGCGAGUUCAAAUUUGAGCCCGAGGACUACACCUUCUCCCCCACCACCAUGGCCCCACAGCCCGGGCUGAGCGUGCCCCUCCGGCAGGACUCCUGGUGUGCCCUGGCACUUGCCUAGAAACCCUC